AAUGCACCCGAAAAUAAAGCUCAUUCAGGCCAAUUUGAGGCCAAAUCAAUGGAAAAAAUUAAUUUAUCUAAUGAAUCCUGCGAAGAUCUCGUUGAGAAUGUCAGGACUGACGUGUGUUCGGAUUUAAGUUUUAAAUGUGGCAAUGAUCUUGAGGACAGUUCUGUUUGGACAAAUACUCUUCUUGAAGAAUGGAUAAAAGAAAUAGAAACAUCUAUGGAUUACAUGUCAAAUUCAGCCCACUUGUUAGUAGAAAUGGUGGAUCAGGUAUGCAGAAGAGUUACUGCUAGAGACGUUGGUCGGAUUGUACAACCGCGCGAUGAUUUAAUUCGAGUCGCAUCAGUCGCUGAAGCGGCCUCUAAAGAAUUACACCGCUGGGGCUUGUCUGCUAUCACUCAUGGCACCAAGUUAAUUCACGAAUUAGGCCAAAUUCGUGAGGAAAAAGGCACGAUUCAGGCUGAAUUGAAACGAAUCAAAGUUCACAUGGAUGAAGUCUGUGCGUUUAGAUGUCUUACUUCUUUUAAGCUAACGAUACUUGUACAAUAG